AAAAAGGGAAUGAAUCUGCAGUUCUGAAAAUUAUAAAAACAUUUUUGUCACAGCAAUCUCACUUCUAGAAAUUCAUUCUACAGAUACAUUUGACUUAUUUGCAAGGUUAUUUUUACAGCAUUAUUUAUAAUUGCAAAAGACUUAAAAAAUCUGAAUGUGAACCUCUUUUUAUUGAUUUUUGAAGUGAUUUAUAUAGUCUGGACACAAAUCCUUUGACAAUAUAUGUAAUAUGAGUAUUUUCUCCCACUUUGUGAGUUGUCUUUUUACUCUUAAUAGUAUCUUUUGGUGAACAAAAAAGUUAUUGAUUUUAAUACUGUCCCAUAUAUCAAUUCUUUUUCUUUUAUGGUUACCAUAUUUUAUGUCUUAUUUAAGAAAUCUUGGCUUAUCCACAGUCAUAAAGAUGCUCUCUUAUGUUUUCCUCUAAAAGCUUUAAUUUUUUAAACUUUGACAGUUAGAUGUGUAAUCUAUUUUGAAUUGGUUUUUAUGCAUGGUGUAAGAUAUAUUUACACCAUGCAUAAAAACAUGGGUAAACAUUUUUUUUUCCAUAUGAGUAUCUAGAUGGUGUUUUUUUAGUUGAAAACACCGUCAUUUCCCCCACUGCACUGCGGUGUCACGUUUGUCAUAACUGAUGCCUCAGUAUAUGUUUGGGUCUUUUUCUGCACUCUGUUCUGUUGCAUUGGUUGCUUUAUCUAUCUUUGUGUCUGUUCCACUCUUUUAUAAUUACUAUAGCUUUAUAAUAGGUCUCCUACUGGUUAGUGCAAAUCCUCCGCUAUUUUUCUUCAAGAUUGCCUUUGCUAUUUUUCGCUCUUUGUAUCUCUAUGUGAAUUUUAAAAAUCAACUUGUCAUUUUCUACACUCACAAAACCUGUUGGAUUUUGUGUUGCAAUUAUAGAUUGAUUUGGAGAUUACUGACAUUUUUGCUGAGCCUUCCAAAUCAUGAGCAUGUCCCCCUUUUCACAGUAGCCUGGCAGCUGUCCCAUCUGCCUACCGAAGCCAAAUGCUUGAAGAGAGAGAGAGUAAGGAGCCAGCCAUGAAUCUCUUCCAGAAAAAUGAGUUCAAGGAAACUCCUUUUUUACCUGUCUGCCCUGAAGAGGUACCACCUCGACCCCCCAGCUUUCCAAAGAAGCCAUCUCCGAAAAUCUGUGGCUCCAACUAUCCACUGAGUAUUGUCUUCAUUGUGGUGAAUGAAUUCUGUGAGCGCUUUUCCUAUUAUGGCAUGAAAGCUGUGCUGACCCUGUAUUUCCUGUAUUUCCUGCACUGGAGUGAAGACACUUCCACAUCUGUAUACCAUGCCUUCAGCAGCCUCUGUUAUUUCACUCCCAUCCUGGGAGCAGCCAUUGCUGACUCAUGGUUGGGAAAAUUCAAGACAAUCAUCUAUCUCUCCUUGGUGUAUGUGCUUGGCCAUGUGAUCAAGUCCAUGGGUGCCUUACCAAUACUGGGGGGACAAAUGUUACACACAGUCCUAUCAAUGGUCGGCCUGAGUCUAAUAGCUUUGGGGACAGGAGGUAUCAAACCCUGUGUGGCAGCUUUUGGUGGAGACCAGUUUGAAGAAAAACAUGCAAAGGAACGGACUAGAUACUUCUCAGUCUUCUACCUCUCCAUCAAUGCAGGGAGCUUGAUUUCUACAUUUGUCACACCCAUGCUGAGAGGAGAUGUGCAGUGUUUUGGGAAAGACUGCUAUGCAUUGGCUUUUGGAGUUCCAGGAUUGCUUAUGGUGAUAGCUCUUGUUGUGUUUUCAAUGGGAAGCAAAAUAUACAGAAAACCACCUCCUGAAGGAAACAUAGUGACUCAAGUUGUCAAAUGUAUCUGGUUUGCCAUUUCCAACCGUUUCAAGAACCGUUCUGCGGACAUUCCAAAGCGAGAGCACUGGCUGGACUGGGCAGCUGAGAAAUACCCAAGGCAGCUCAUUAUGGAUGUGAAGGCACUGACCAGGGUACUAUUUCUUUAUAUCCCGUUGCCCAUGUUCUGGGCUCUUUUGGAUCAGCAGGGCUCACGAUGGACCUUGCAAGCCACCAGGAUGAAUGGGAAUUUGGGUUUGUUUGUGCUUCAGCCUGACCAGAUGCAGGUACUAAAUCCCUUUUUGGUUCUUAUCUUCAUCCCAUUGUUUGACCUUGUCAUUUAUCGUCUGGUCUCCAAGUGUGGCAUUAACUUCACAUCACUUAGGAAAAUGGCUGUUGGUAUGAUCCUAGCAUGCCUGGCCUUUGCAGUUGCUGCUACUGUAGAGAUAAAAAUUAAUGAAAUGGCCCCACCCCAACCAGAUUCCCAAGAGAUUUUCCUACAAGUCUUGAAUCUGGCAGAUAAUGAGGUGAAGGUUACAGUGCUGGGAGAUGAAAACAACUCUCUGUUGGCAGAGUCCAUCAAAUCCUUUCAGAAAAUGCCACACUAUUCCAAACUCCACCUGAAGACAAAAAGCCAGAAUUUCUACUUCCAACUGAAAUAUCACAAUUUGUCUAUCUACACUGAGCAUUCUGUGGAGGAGAAAAAAUGGUACACUCUGAUCAUUCGAGAAGAUGGGAAAAGUAUUUCUAGCAUGAUGGUAAAGGAUGAAGAAAACAAAACAACCAAUGGGAUGACAGCCAUGAGGUUUGUUAACACUUUGCAUGAAGAGAUCAACAUCUCCCUGGGUACAGAUACCUCCCUCGGGGUUGAAGAAGACUACGGUGUGUCUGCUUACAGAACUGUGCAAAGAGGAGAAUAUCCUGCGGUGGCUUGUAGAACAAAAAGUGAGAACUUUUCACUGAAUUUGGGUCUACUAGACUUUGGUGCAGCUUAUCUGUUUGUUAUUACUAAUAGCACCAGUCAGGGUCCUCAGGCCUGGAAGAUGGAAUAUAUACCAGCCAACAAAAUGUCCAUCGCAUGGCAGCUACCACAAUAUGCCCUUGUUACAGCUGGGGAGGUCAUGUUCUCUGUCACAGGACUUGAGUUUUCUUAUUCUCAGGCUCCCUCUAGCAUGAAAUCUGUACUCCAGGCAGCCUGGUUGUUGACAGUUGCAGUUGGGAACAUCAUCGUGCUUAUUGUGGCACAGUUCAGCAGCCUGGUACAGUGGGCCGAAUUCAUUUUGUUUUCCUGCCUCCUGCUGGUGGUCUGCCUGAUCUUCUCCAUCAUGGGCCACUACUAUGUUCCUAUAAAGCCAGAGGAUAUUCAGGGGUCAGCAGAUAAGCAGAUUCCCCAAAUCCAAGGAAACAUGAUCAGCCUGGAGACCAAGAAGACAAAGCUCUAAUGACUCCCUGGACUCUGCCCAGACCCCAAUUCCUGACUCUGGUCUUGGCCAUCACCAUCUUCAAGCAUUUUUUACUCCGACUUGGUUAGAAGAGAGAAGUAGUGUCAUAUCUGAGGUAAUCUUCUCUACUUUUCUCCCAUGAUAGAGGCAGUUCUAGGACUGGGUUUUUCAGUACAUUAUAGCAAGGCCCCUGAGACUCUGUCUUCCUAUCUCUCAGUGAACUCGGUAAACCUUGUGUAGUGUUGCUGAAGCUGGCCUGCUACCUCCAAAUGGCCAUAAAAAACACAAAUGUAUAAUUGAGGUUAGUCUCUGUGCUUAUCAAAGUUAUGUAGGAAUUGUUUUACCUGCCAUUUAGAACUGAUGACCCCACUUUUUGAAGUGCUGAUUUAGAGGCAAAAUUGCAGAAUAACAGAGAAAUGGUAUUUCAAGUUUCUUCAUUAGAGUGUAAUUGUACUGUGUACAGGGACCUCAAGAAUUGGUAUGUCUGGUGUGAUCUUGUCCAGGGCCUGGCUUCUCAGGUAUCCAGAUUUGAUAAGGCCUUAGUUAAUUUUUCAGUACAGAUAGUAGGAAACAAAAUGACAUUUUAUUAACACAUAGGAGAAGAUAUAUCUUUCUGAUAAUUACAGUAUUUUAUCUACUAACCCAAAUCCCCUUUCUCAGUACUGAUAGAUAUUUGGAAACCAAAUUAAAGAUAGUAAACAUGGUUCUGGAAAAACAAGUAUAAAUUGCAGAAGUCCUAAUGAGCCAUUUCUUCUACACUGUACAUUCUUCUUAGGGACUACAAUGUUUCAUCCCUAGAGUAUGCCCUCCUGUGGACAGCUGUGUAGACACUAAUUAUAAUUUUCCACCCUGCCUUUUCAAUGUUGUUGGGCCAGCUUUUUCUUAUUAUUACAUCAUCUUGCUUAUUGCAACAAGUAUUUAAUAACAACAGUAUUUUUGUGAACAUAACUUCCUUUUUUAUUAGUACUUCCUUUGGCCUCAAAGUAGUGGAUCUGUUUUGAUAAUUUUUCCUGUUUUACUUUUCCCAAAAUUUUUAAAUGCCAUUUCUUCAUUUAGGCCUGGAUUUUCCUGUUUAUUAAAAAAAAAGUUAUAUUAAUACUCUAGGUUUGAGCUUCUAAAAUGGCAAUGCUCAAUGGGGGACAUGGUCCCAUUACAGGAUUCUAACAGGUUGAGGGAAGGAGUGGUAGAACAUGACAGGUUUUUUUUUGUUGCUGUGUUGGUGAAAAAAGUUGAGAAAUAUUACCUUGCACACAGUGAAUGAAUCAGUGGACAGACAUGGGAAUAUCAUGACUCUACAGUGUAUUGCUGGGGGGAAAAGUUCAGAACAGUUGUCCUAGAGAGCCUCAUUUCCAUUGGUUUUGCUCCAUUAUUCUCAUCUAGAACUGUGUUGAGUCAGUCUCACAUUGUAAACGUAACAAGGAAAGUUGCUUCAGUUUCCCAAGCUUUAAUACUCUAGUCUUAGUUACCAAGUUUUCCGAAGUACCGUAGUGACAGCAACACCAUCCAGUUUCCACAGAUAUCUUAAUGUGAACCUGACUGUGCUUCUUCAGAAGAUUCUCUGUUCAUUUUUGAGCAGCUUUAACUCAAUCUGUUCUAUGAACUAUUGUUUCAAGAGAUAUUAACAGUGCUCUGUGAAUAAAAGUUUUUAUGGAUAAAUAACUUUUGGAAAUGAAGCAUAUAUAUCUUCUUAACAUUUGCAUACUAAGGAUUCUGAGAUAUCCUUCGGUAAAGACACAAGACACUUUGUUUAGUUUCACAUGGUAUAGUGUUCUGCAGAACACUGACUUGGGAAAAACUGGCAGGCAAUUCUUCCUUAUGUUGAACUGAAAGCUUUCUCUUUGGAACCUCCUACCAUUGGUUCUUUCCUUUAUCGCUAACAAGAAUAAGCAUAAACCUCUCUUUUAUGCAGCAGAAUUUCUGCUAUUGGGAGAGAAUUUUUAUGUCGCCUCCCCAGUCAUCAAGUAAGUAUUCAUCAAGCUAAAGAUUCUCAGUUUUUUUUCAUGGCUCUUCACAGGGCGUAGUCCAGUCCUUUCACAACUGUUUUUCCACUUCUGAAAAAUAUCCUUUCCCUGAAAUGUAACAGUGGGUCAGAAUCCCUCUUAAUAUGAGAUAUUUGAAGCCAAUAUGUACAACAUUCCAGAAUUGGUUGGACCAGAAGAACUACAACCUGCUUUUCUCCAAACAAUACACUUCUGUUAAUGUAGCCUUAGGUAACAUUAGAUGUUUUUGGCAACUGCAUCACAAUGUAGGCUUACGUUUUAAUCACAUGGUUGGUUAAAACCUCAAAAUUUUUUAAGAGAGUUAUUUUUUUAUUCAAAUACAUCUUUGAGGGCUUCCCUGGUGGCGCAGUGGUUGAGAGUCUUCCUGCCGAUGCAAGGGACACGGGUUCGUGCCCCGGUCCGGGAAGGUCCAACAUGCCGCAGAGUGGCUAGGCCCAUGAGCCAUGGCCACUGAGCCGGCACGUCCGGAGCCUGUGCUCCACAAAGGGAGAGGCCACAACAAUGACGGGCCCGCGUACCUCAAAAAAAAAAAAAAAAAAAAAAAAAGAAAAAAAUACAUCUUUGAGUUUCACUAUAUGCCAUUCAUUGAGUUAGGUGUUGAAAAACAAAGAUGAGUAAUCUGCUAUACCUGUGUGCAAGGUUACCUCACUUAUCUUGACUAGCUGUCAAGACCUUAGAGAGUACACAGGGCUUAAGGAAGUAAUGGAAUACUGAGGGAGAGCAAGAAGGACAGUAUGACAGGACUGGAGUAAGUAAGGUGUAAAGAGAUAGAGGAUGCAGUCCCAGGAAGCUAGGGACCAGAUUAUGUGGGGCCUGUGGCCAUGAUAAAACAUUCUGAUGUUAUUCUAAGUGAGAUGUGAAACCGUUGGAGGUUUAGAACAUGGGGAUGACAUAAUCUGACAUUCUCUAAGAUCAAUUUGUCUGCUAAGUAGAGAAUUGUCUGUAAGCAGGAAGGAAUGGAAGCAGGGAGUCCAAUUAGGAGAUAUUUAUAAUUGUCCAGGUAAAACACGAUUGUUACUUGGCCAAGGUGGUAGCAGUGGAGGUGGGGAGAAAUGGCUUGACUUGGAAUAAAUUAACUUAUCUUUAAGGUAGGACUGACAUGAAUUGAAUAUGGUUUGCACAUAUGAUUUGAAAGAAAGAAAUCAGUGCUGACUCUUAGAUUUGAAGACUCGAGUAAUGAGGAUGAAUGAUGGUGCAAUUUUCUGAGAGUAGGGAAGACUAGGGCAAGAAUAGAUUUGGGGUGUAAAGUAACUAAGAGUUUUGUGCAUGUUGAACUUCAGAUGCUAAUAAGGUAUCCAAUUGGAGAUGUUGAGCUGGCAGUUUUAUGGGUCUGAAAUUCAGUUAAGAGCCUGGAGCUGGAUAUAUAAACUUGAGAGUCAUCAGCAUAUAAACGGUAUUUAAAGGCGUGACACUGGAGCAGAUAUCCUAGGAAGUAAACAUAUACAGAAAAGAGGUUCAAGGUCUAGUCCUGGGGUUUCCCAACAUUAGAGAUCUAGAAGAGGAGGAUCCAGAAAAGGUGAUGAGAAUGAGUGAUUUAUGAAGUAAGAGGAAAACCAGGAGAAUGUGAUUUAAUUAUACUUGUUUAUUACAAUUAGAUAAAACUAAAAUGAAAAAAAAAAAACUUUGAUCUAAAGGAAGCACAUGUUCUGCUUAGGAAACCUGGGUUCUGGUAAUUUCUAUAUAAGUUUACCUGAAUUAUUUUGCCUCCAUGGUUUAAUUCAAUUUAAUGGAACUUUUUUUUUUUUAACCUGAGAGACAUUAUGUCAGAAGCUAUGGGAGAAAUAAAUUGGAAUAAAUAGAGUCCCUACUCUUAAGGAGUUUGCAGUAGGAAGAU